UUACCCCUGAGGCCCCUCCGCCAGCACCAUCCUCCCGAGGCCGCCGGGCGCAACGGGGUGGAGGGGCGCGGAGCCGCUGCCCGCCUCGGCUUCGACUUCUACGGGAGGGAUUUGAAGAUGUCUAAAAAGAAACUGAAGAAAUUAACCGAAAAGGAAGACUGUUUGGAUGGCCGAGAUGACAAAAACUCAGAAGACACAAGAUCUUAUAACCAUACUAUGAAAGGAGAGACAGAAUUUCAGAGAUUCAAAAUAGAGAAAGAUGGGCAAGAGAAGAAGCAAGACCAAAGUUCUAGUACUUCUCAUGGCACUGAUGGAAGAUCCCAAGGAAAAUCUCUAAAUAGAAACAAAACAACAGGCAAUUCUUUAAUCCAAACUGAAAAGCAGAAGAGAAUAAUUAUCCAAUUCAAAGCCAAAGAAAUUAAACAUGGAAAAAGUACAUGCACUCCUGAUGUAGAGACCACUAGCAGUGAAAGUUGUAACAAAAGUCGUUUUGAUGGAACAGAAGGAAAAAGACUGUGGCAUAGCUUUGCUGUUCAGAGGGACAAGGUGCUGAGGAAAAAGAGAGAGAAAGUUGAACUCUGCAAACGAAAGUUAAAAGCGGAACAAACUAUGUUGGAAAAAUUUAAGUCGUCUGCAUACGAUUCGCAUGUACCACGUAAAAAGGCAGAAGGAUCAAAAAAACAGAGUGAAGAUGUCAGAAUUCCAAAAAAGCCAUCUGACACCUCUACAGGGACUGUGCAUGAUGAUAGGCCUUUCACUAAGAAGCCCAAUACAUUAUCUAGGACUUGGGAAGAAGAGUAUGAAGAAGAAUAUAAGGAGUCUUCUAGGAAAAAAAGGCAUGUGAAUAAACAUAUGCCAUCACGCUAUUCAACUGAACCACCACAACAAUGGGACUCUUGUAAACGGAAAAAACAGGAUGCUGAUUUUGAUAAAGCUACUGGUAAUUCAGGGACUGAAGAAAGGGACUUUGAAGCCACAGCACUAUGUUUUAAGCAGAAUUUUGAGGUCCCAUGCACGUCUGACUCCUACCAAGAAGGUGAGGACAUAAAGUCUGUCCAAACGAACUUUGAAGUCUUUCCACCCCUUCAAGACAGUCAGAACCCAGAAACAGACCAAGAGAUGCAGAUAGUUGAAGAUUUGCAUGUUGCUCGUGUUCAGAAGAGGAUGGUGCUCUCUGUAGUACAGACUUGUGGGGAACUUACAAGUAUGGAAAUAGACCUUCCAGAACAGGAUUUAAAUAUUUCUGCUGAGGCUUUUACUUCUGGUCUGAACAUAUUGGUUGUGAUUGACACAAAUAUAAUGAUUAGUCACCUUGAGUUUGUCAGAUCCCUGAAAGCUGAGGAUAUACCAGGUGUUGGCAGACUUGCAUUAAUAAUUCCCUGGGUCGUUCUGCAAGAGUUGGACAACUUGAAGAAGGGGAAAAUGUUGCAGCAUGUUCGGGACAAAGCUAUCCCUGCAGUCCAGUUCAUCUACACAUGCCUCAAAAACCAAGAUUCAAAAUUGUGGGGGCAAUCCAUGCAGCUUGCUUCUCAAAAAAUGUAUGGCCUGAGUGACGAGAACAAUGAUGAUCGUGUUUUACAAUGUUGUCUGCAGUAUCAGAACCUCUUUCCUCAAGCUGUUGUCAUACUCUGCACGGAUGAUAAAAAUUUAUGUAAUAAAGCCAUUGUGAGUGAGGUCAAAGCAUUCUGCAAAGCUGAUUUGGUUACUGCUCUACAGAAUCUGAACAUAAACAGGCACCAGAACUGUGUUGAGCUGCCACACUCAAAAUGUGAUACAGAAUUCGAGAAAACAGAAGGAGGUGAUGCUAGUCUUACUGCGCGAUUCCCAAAUAUACUUCCAGAUCUUGAAAAGAACUUAGGAGAAGCUUUAUCUUGUAUUUUGGAGACUGAAAUGAAAAUUGCAUUCGGAAACCUAUGGAUGGAGAUACUGUAUCUGAAGCCACCAUGGACAUUAGCAAACUUGCUGAAGUGUUAUACAAAACACUGGAUGGCUGUUUUUGGUUAUGUUGUGCCAAGGAGUUUACUUUCAACCACUGAAUAUCUCUAUAAACACCUUUGUACAGGUAAACCAGUUGACUCCUCAACAGUGCGUAUCUUACUCCAGGAAUCCAAAAAAUUACUCCAUGCUUUCAGUUCAAGGUCAGACUAUAAUGGUGUACUUCCCCAGGCUUAUGCUGAAGUGAAUAAGCUAUACCAAACACUUACAGAGGUGGGGUCAGACAGUGAGCAGGACUUAUCAGAAGACAUCAUGGUUCUUUCAGAAAAUGCUGUAUGUGAAAAAAUGGAAGCAAUGACACCAAAUUUGCAAAACUCUGAAGAAAAAAAGUUACAGCCAAGCUCUUAUGUGGCUCAAGAAAACAGGCACCAGGAAAUCUGGUCGGUCCUUGAAGGUGCAUGGAAUACAAUAAACUUGUACAGUAUUGAAAUUUUCCAAAAGUUGGACCCCAACACAGUAACUGUGACUGCAAAGUCUUCGUUUGAAGAAGCUUUUUUAGGUUUGCAGAAACUGUUGGCAGCUGUGAAUGAUAUCCGUGAAGGAAUUAGUAGAAUUUUGACCCCAACCAGUAGUUUCCAAGAUAUUUGGACCCUCUAUAACUUCCUCGUAAGCAACGAGAUAAAUAACAGUAUAAAAUUCACUGCUGAGGAGCUUUAUCAGUGUGUUUCACAAGAGAUAUAUCGGACACACCAAAAAUGCUCUCAUCUUGAAAUUAUUGAUCCAAAGGGUUUCUCCUUAUCUGGAGAAGGGAAGGAACUACUUGGAGCUAAGUAGCCAAAGCUACAUGCACAAUUCUCACUGCUUUCGUGUCCCUAAGUGGUACUAUAGGCUGUGGUAUCACAGUAGCAUUUAGAAGAUGCCAGCCAAGGACUAGGGUCCAGAUCUUUAGGAUAUAAAUGGAACAAAAAGACUGACUCUGCCCCAGAGAUCCACUGUAACAAUUUUUUGCAUCUUCAACAAAUUCACAAAAUUAGUUUUUCCGUCAGAAACUCUUACGUGACUUUUUUUAAAUGUUUUCUGAACUUGCCUGCUAGUCGCCUAGAAGAUUCCAGUCUUCCUCUCCUAAAUCCAGGUAGUGUUGACCUAAGACCUCUCCUUUUGGGUGAGCCCUGCCCCUUGCUUCCACAUGUCCCCUGUCCUUAUAUUGGUAGAUACUGCGAUGUGGUGAGAGCAAAGCCCUGUAAUGAGACAAAAAAUGUCCAUUAUACUGAGUCAGACCUGUCACAGUUAACAUCGCUGUUAGGGGGCAAAGCAGUAGCCUGCGAGGGGGAGAUGGGAUUAUACAGAGGUAGCAGAGGGCAGGCCUCGCCACUAAUUCCUUCCUUGGUACAGAUUCUUCAGGCCUGAUAAAGCGGGUUUACGAAAAUCCUAGCCUGGUGAAUCUUCCUUAACUGGAAUAAAGUUUUUUGCCUUCGAAAUGGUGGGAACACACAACAGUCCUGAGCUGCUUCAGCAGAAGAAUUAAGUAGAUUGAGGGAGGUUUAGUUAAAGCCUUUGUUUCUUCCUCCCUCCCCUCCCAUUCAGGUGUGCAUUGCAAGCAGUAGGGUUGCUGGAUUGCAAGAAGAGUUUCAGAGAGGUCCCUGUAGUUUUUAUGGCAAGCAGCUAAUGCGAAGACUUAAAGUUACCCCUUCAGUAUUUUAUAAGGCUUUUGAAUUUUCACUGCUGAGCAGUGAACAGUUUGAAUCAUUUAGUAAAUGACAAUUUGAUGUAAAGGCUAAGUGGCAGAAAGAAUUAUUCAGGCUUUGUUUUGCAAGUCUAUGAUCUUGUCUGAACUAAGAAAAUAUAUUGUUUGGAGGCCUGGCCAUCUAAGUAGAUCGCUUGAAAGCUAUGCAUGACUUUCACACUGCUCCUUUUGCUGUUCCACCUGGUGCAUCUACCUUACAGUAAACUAGCAAAGGAGGUGAAGGUGACUGUGUUAGGUAGGGGCUGGGAAGAUGCUGAUGCCUCGGAACUGGAAUGGGCACUGGCACAGCAGUCCCAGUGUGCUCGAUCCCUGCGGCCAGGCGUUCCCCUGCUCGCCCGGGAGAGCACCCUGUGCCUCCCCCCAUCCUACCGACCAUGGGGCCAGAUUUCCUGUGUGGUGUGCUCAGAGCAACCCUUUGCUUUAUUGUCGUGAUGCACAGUCCUUGGUGAUGAAGUGUGGGACAGCCCGACAGAUAGAUACCCUCGGGGAGUACUAACUGCAUCGUUUGCAAACCCUGUCCCUUUUCCUGUUUCUUGACAGUCCUAUUCAGUGCCUUGUACCUCCCUUUCUGCCAGCCUGGCACAGCAGGGUGUCCCACACCGGCAUCACAUGUUUCAGUGGAAGUUACCCACAAUCCAGUAUGCACCAGUGUGGUUUUGAGGGUGCAAAAACAAGCUCUCUUGACCCAUUUAACAUUAUUUCCAGUUACUGCAGUAACUACAUUUGAAUUAACCUGUUGCAGUGCUCUUGGGUAUAAAAGUCUGCAUGUAGGAUCAUACUAUUUACCAUUUUAACUGUUACUCAGUGGCCACUAGAAUGAUGUAAGGAAAAUUUCAGCUGAGAUAAGGGUAAUAAAAUAUUCAUGUCUCGGACGAGAUAAUUUUCUGUGCUAGUUUGAAGAACUCUUGAAAACUGUCAAGGCCCUCACUGCGGCAGAGGGUUUGUAACUUGUGCUGCAGAGGUGUCCCAAUGUUCACGCCCGUUCUGUAUGCAGACUUGACUGAUAGCCCGAGUAAGUACACCCUGUGCUUACUACUGGCUGCCCAGCAGUGCCUAACUCACCGUGUCGAAACUGAGUUGAAGCACAGUUUGUAGCUGCUGAAUGGCGCUCGUUCAUCAGGAGGAUGGAUGUUCUUUCAUCAGUGUAGCUGUGCCAGUGCUAUAGGUUAUUGCCAGAGAAAUACUAUACAGUCAGACUGCUCUUUGUGAUAGAAUUCAUCUCCCACUCUGUCAGGCUGAUCUGCCAAGGUUCUGUUACAUGUGAGAGCAAAAAAUACUGGGAGGGCACAGUGUGUAUCCUUUUAAAAGCAUCCCUUAGUUUGAAUUGUAUUAAAAAGAAAUAUAUGUGUAUAUAUAUUAAAAGAAGAUCAAGUGAAAAAAAACCAAACUAACAAAUGUAGCUGUUAGAUAUAGAUCUGCAUUGAUACAGGCAUAAAGUAAGUACUGUGUGUAAAAUUAUGCUCAGCAUAGUAAAAAAAAAAAAAAAAAAAAAUUACUUCAGAGGCUGGUCUGGUGUGGUAGCCCUCAGGCUGCACUUGUGUAACUUCACCUUGCUUUUUUUCUCUUUUUUUUGAGGAGCACCUUUUAAAUGGUCUUUCGAGAAAGUAUCUUUUGCAAAACCAAAGUUAUAGAAUGCUUUCUGUGUAAUCAGGUUUAGAUUCCUCUUUUGAAACAAAAAUCUAAAUAAUCUAAAUCUAAAUCAGUGUAGUCGAGAGAUUUAUUUUGUGUGUAAAUACGUUAUAUGUAAAUACAUGAAAGACGGCUUGAAUUGAACCUCCCAAAAUCCCUAUUCUGUCAGGAAAGCUGAUGUAAGUGACCUUUCAAUGCUGAUUAUUUUUUAAAACUACCUUUACAUCAGACGAUGAAAAGCAAAAAGUAAAAAGGAGCACUGCCUGUUUGCCAAGUAGUGGGUUGGCUAGUUUAAGGUGUUCAUAUAAAAUCCUUAGGCUUAGCGGCUUUAGAGCAAAAGUCACUUCUUUAAUUGUAUGGCGAUUGUCUUUUUGAUUAUACACAUCACAACUGCAUAGUUUGUCUUCUGCCAUAUCCCUUUUUAGUUCAGAACUGUAUUAAAUUGUAUUUUGAGUCAGGGCAACUGGUUUCAAGCUUUGUAGCCACUUUCCUAGUAGGAAAGCAACACAUAAUUCCUCGUAGCUGCUUCUCAGAGGUUAUGUUUGGUUGCAAAUACCAGGGAAAAGCCUGCAGAAACGACCCAGAGGAGUGGUAGACAGGAGGGGAGGGGGAUACACAGUACUAGGGCAGCGCGUGGGCUCCUUUUCCCUGGGAGGGGGGGGGGUGAAGGGGAAUUUUUGCAUCUCUUGCAUAACAAGAACAUAAAAAUUGGUGCUAAUUGUUUAAAAUAACAAUUUUUAAGUAUGCAUAAGGUCAUUUUUUAAACUCUUAGAACUCAGCUGCCUUACCUGUGGUUGGUUUUUUGUUUUUUUUUCUCCCCAAGUGGAAUAGCAAAUAUGUUUGCAAAAUACUCUAGCUUAAGUACAGAAAUGAGGAUUUAUUUUUUUUUCCUUGCUGUUUACCAUUUAAACAAUUUUACCAUCUAAUUCCAAGUUCAGAUAGAAAAACAAGAGCAGAUAUUUUGGCAAUUUCACAGCUGGGAAAAAAGGCAAACUGCGCAGGGAAGACUGGUCAAACUGUGUGAGCAAAUAAAAGCGCAGCAGCCCUGCAGUGGUUCAGUGUCUGCACAUGAUUUUUAUGAAACUAGGUGGGGGAAACGACAUCCUGGAUCUGGUCAUUUUGCCAACAUUUAUUGAAGCACUCUGAGGGGUGGAAGCUUUGUUUUGCUUUCUUUCAAGAAGGACAUUGAAAUUGGAAAGGUUUUUCAUGUGUUGAACUAGAGCAGCUGCUAUUUAAACACAGAACACCGUUUGCCACCCUGCCAUAUGUUCCAAAACAGGAAUCACUGUGGUUACUGUAAAUGCAUGCUUGGGGGGGGGGUGUUUAAAAAAAAAAAAAAGUUUCUUAGUACUUUUUUCUCAGUGCAGGUGUCCUGUAUUGAAUAGGUGACCGUAAGUCCCCUUAGGAGUAGCUAACGUAAAAAAUAUUUAACUUGUGCGAGCAUAAGCUUCUAAAAUGGUGUCUCUGGCUGGUGACACUCCACAGAUUAUCAGAAAAAUUACAGAUGUCGGGGAAGUGCGAGAGGAACAGGAUUAGCUGCACCCAGUAAAGGCUGAAGUCAGAUUAUCCCAGAAGCCUAAAAUCGGUCUCUGACCAUGUUGUAACUGUGGAUAAAACUUGUUUCUACCUGCAACACAUAAACCUGUAGGAAAUGUAUAGUUGGCUUGCAGCUUGACUGUUUUUUACUGAAUGUGUUUAUGUUUUAUAUUUGAAGGCUCAGUUUUGGGUUGGGAAGACUGAACUAACGUCUGCUGCGUGGCUCUUAGAGUGUUCCUUUUUAAAGAUUUCAUUGCGGGAUACAGCUGGGAACACGUAGUCAUUAGCCAGCUCUGUAGUAAACUUCGACUUUUGCUGAUAAAAAUACAUCUGGAUUUCCAGAGGUGCUGAGUAUUCUCUGUUUUUGACAGAGUUGAAGCGUGGUAUUAGAAUCUCUCUGAAUUUUGUUUUAAAGGAAUAUACUGAAAUGUUCCCGUCUAUAAAAUGGGCCCAUUGUGUCCCUAUAACCCUUGUAUUUC